GCACCGAUCAUCACAGUUCCAUCAGCUUGUUAAACCCUCCCUCACCUUAGCGUAAACCUCAAUUUCAUAUUCAUUUCCAAUGGCGACCGACAAAACAGUAAUGAUGAUAAUUAGGGCAUCGAGACCGACCUUCCGAAAUCCCUACGACAAGGUCGCCUUCGCUGUCCACGCUUCGUGUGUUGCUUCUGGUUUUGUUCUUCUUGCCACCGGCCCCUCUGCUUUUGCCGACGACCCAUUCUCCUCAGCCUUCGCCGAUGAGGUGGGGAUUGAUCACUGGAAUGAUUUUGAGGACAACUACGGCUUUAUCUAUUCAACUCCUGAGGGAAAUUCAAAGAAGGUUUUAGUAAAGUGCCUUGUCAUGAAUGGUAAACUCCUCGUUGAUGCAUUGUGGGAAGGCACUAGUACUAUUCGUCAUCUUGAACUGAAUGUUCAGGAUUAUGUUGAGAAUGGAGGGGCUAAUUAUGAUUCCCAGUAUAAGAAUUUUGGUAAGCUUGUUGAAGAAAUUAAUAAAGAAAUUUUGAGCAAGGGCUCUCCAUCAACGAAAUCAUCAAGUUCUGAAAAGGGAGGAAUCAGAGAUAAUGUUGAUCGACGUGGCGCUGAAUCUAAUGACUCAUAUCAGCCUUCGGGUUCAGUUCCUCCAGGAUAUGCGGUUCUUCCCGUUCCUGCUUUUGGUGGCAGAACCGUUCCUGCUUUUGGUGGCAGUGGCAUAUUCCCUGCAACAGGUGCCGGUGUUUACCCUACCAGUGGCAGAUUCCCUGCACCAGGUCCCAGUAUUUACCCUAACAGUCCCAUAUACCAUGCACCAGGUCCCGGUGUUUACCCUACCAGAUAUAGUGGAGGCUAUGAAGGCAUGCUUUUAGGACCUAGUGAUGCUUUUUUUUUAACUGGGAUAAGUGGAGAUCCUUGUCUUCCUAGGGGAGCCCAGGGUAUUCCACCAGGUGGUCGUUUUGAUCCAUUUGGUCCACCUGACGUUCCUGGUUCUGAGCCAGGUCAUUUUAGCAGGGACCCAACUAGACGCCGGAAGAGGUAGGAACCAUCCUGAUCUGUAGCACUUUGGAGGUGGUCUAGAUUUCAUAUAGACUGACUAGUUUAGUUGGUGUAGUGAUGUGAACCAUAAGAUGCCAGCCAGGGUCAUAGUUGUGAAUAGAGUUGCACUCUAUACAUCUGUUAACACAUCGCCCAUAUUGUCAUGUAAUAAUACAGUUUUAGUUACAAUACUAAUACUACCAUAUUGGCUGAGUUCUUAGAUUCA